GGUGUUCCUUGCCCAGAAUGCCCUUGUCUGAGUGCUGAAAGCCGGGAGAGACAGAAAGGAAGAGGAGUGAAGCCGGAGUGGAGACACCAGCAGCCUCCUUGUCUCAUUUGGAUUCCCCUUCCUUGGAUCACUUCUUCCUCCUCCUCAUCUCUUCAUCCUGUUUGACUGACAGAAUCACCAUGGAAACCGGGAGCCCCAGGAAGAUACAGUUCACUGUUCCCUUGCUUGACACCCACCUGGACCCUGAGGCAGCUGAACAGAUCAGAAGACGUCGACCCACACCGGCCACUUUGGUGGCGUCCAGUGAUCAAUCCUCACCUGAAAUAGAUGAAGAUCGUCUGCCAACCCAGUUGUACAAGGCGGCCUUGCUGAAUUCUCCUCGACAGCGGAGAAAAGGGCAGAAAGGAACGCCAACGAUGAAAGAGCUGCAGUUCAUGGUGGAGCACCACUUGUACCGGCAGCAGCAGGGCGCAGGGGACGAUUGCUCCUCAGAGAGCUGCCUGUCGGAUCGGCCCAGCCCUGACUCUGUCCCCGCUGGGGAGGAGCUCCCACAUGACGAGGAGGCCACUGCAGAGGCCUUUGAGAAACUGCGCUGCCAAAUGGAGGAGUUCUCCAGGGAGAGCCUAUUAGAAGCUGCGGGUGGGCUCGAGUGCCCCCUCUCCAACGAAAAAGAGGGUUGCUCCAGUGCUGCCAGUGUAGCAGAUCCUUCAACGCAACAAAACAACGCACAAGCAGGCACAAAAGCAGCAGCAUCGAGUGCGGGUCAGCCAGCAGAGGAGAAGACAAAGAAAAGUCUGGAGAAAGAGAAAUAGAGUGGUCUCCUGUUCAACACAAUGCUGCUCAGUCUGCUCCGCCAGCCCAACACAAUGACAAAAGAUUGUGUCUGCAGAUCCUCUUUUUACUGACAUCAGGGCAUCUAUGUUCCUCUACAGGCAGGCCUUAGUUUCCACCAGAGAACAAAGGUUUCUACUUUUAUUUCAUUUUAAAAAACCUGUGUAAACUACAAUUAUUUCAUUAAUGUAUACUUGUUUUAUAUAUAUUGCCCCUGCACUAAAGUAAAACUGGCUUACUGUACGUAUGAACGAGACUGGGAGUCACACAAUCAUUGUCAUAAACUACCAAAACUUACAUCCGUAAUGUCCCCAGAAACUACAACAAAUAUGAAAUGUGCAAUCUUUUCUUUCAUUUACUAUGUGCCAUGACUUCUGCAACUUGUUCCAUCUCAAAGCAAUAAAAUGUUUUUGUAUCUCAUAGAGAA